AUCAUAAUUUAACCUUAUUAAAAGUCAAUAUGGACGUCUGCGAAGAUCAACAAAAACAAAGAAGGUUUUAUCGUUAUGCCGCGGCAUCGUCGGUCGUUUAACUUUGUGCCAAUAUUUUAAACUUUUCCUGUUUUAAAUUACAUGUUCUAUGUAUACAUCGACAUAUUUUUAUCGCGGCGUAAAGAAGAAAGAAUUUUUAGAUGAAUUUCCGUAUUCCUUGUUUCGUGCUUCAAAUGCAAUGUCCUCUGGGCAGACUGAUUCAAAUAGUACAGUAAAUGACGAUACAUACGUAUGGUCUAAUGGGAAUUUUUGCUUUCGACCAAAAGAGAGCGAGAAAAACACGAUAGUGCAGAGUGGAGGUAUCAUGGCACAGAUUGUAUAUUAUGCCUCAGAAUCCCGUCUUCGUGGGAAGAUACGUCGAAUCGAGAAUGCUCUGGAGGCGGACCCAGUUGAUGUGAAAACAUUAGGUUACUUAGCAACAACCGGUGAUGGUUUGAUAAAUAAUGACAUCCGUACAAAGGUCUGGCCAAAAUUACUUCAAGUCAAUAUCUACAACAUUACCAAGGCAACUGGAGGUUCAAAGAAACGAAAAAAACAAUCACUUGAAGAGGAGGAAAUGUUCAGAAAAAACAAAUAUUGGAAUCAAGUUCAUUUAGACGUCAAGCGCUCGCAACGUCGCUUUCCUCCAGAUCUACGACUUUCAAAACGAAGAGCCAUGCAACGACAGGUUAUAAACAUAAUCAUGAGAGUUCUGUGUCGUCAUCCUGACUUACAUUAUUAUCAGGGCUACCAUGAUAUAGCUGUCACUUUAUUACUGGUCAACGGAGAAGAUUUAGCGACGGUUCUGCUCGAGAAAAUAUCCUUGCAUUACUUAAGAGAUUUCAUGGAUCGUAACAUGGAACGGACGAGUCAAAUGCUUUCAUUCAUCCACUCCAUAAUUGAAGAGGCCGACGGUGAACUUGAGCUGUUUUUGAGACGAUCCGAUGUUGGUCACAUGUUCGCGUUGAGUUGGUUCAUCACGUGGUUUGCUCACGUCAUCAACGAUCCCGUUUCCAUUUACCGGAUAUUUGAUUUGUUCCUUGGUACGCAUCCACUGAUGCCAAUCUACCUGGGAGCUGCUCUCGUUAUAUAUUUUCGUCAAGAACUGUUGACCUGUGACUGCGAAAUGAGUUCUGUUCAUCAUUUUCUAUGUUCAUUACCGACGCAUAUUCCGUCCAAUUUGGAAGCGCUUGUUGAAAAAGCCCACAGUCUCUUCAAACGCUAUUCACCGCAAAAGCUGAAUUCUGCUUACAAGAGAUGCCUCAGAGAAAGCUCAGCCGUAAAUGCUCAUGACGAGUUUGUGAAACAGUUAUUGAGACAACGUCCCGACAGUGUUCUGCGCGAAAGAAAACGGUUAGGUAUAGAUCAAACCACGGAAGGAUUACAAAGUGAUUAUAUCAGCUAUGAUCCUUCGGGAGUGUUUGCAAAAUAUGCAUUUUGGGCGUUGUCCGCUGGCUUAGCAACUAUGAUGUUUGUCGUCACAACAACAGCCAAGAGAUGGACUUGAUUAUUGUCGACAAAUUUUUUAACAUUUUUGAAUGAUGAACGCGAUGUCAUCAAGUUUGCGCAUGCUCAGUAUAGUGUCUUGAAAGUAUAGCCCCGCCCCCCGCCCCCUAACGAAAGAUCUGGUGGAACCAAAGUUUACGGUGUUGAGAAGAAGAAACAAAGUUUUGUGAUAAAUAAAGAAUUGUAAAUGACUGAUGAUGAAAGAUUGGCUUUCAUUUUUCCACUGACAGAUUAAAAUUUGAUUUGGUUCUCCGUAUACAGAACUCAUUUUAGUUCGCAACUAAUUUAGCUGUAGUAAUAUGUAGUAAUAGUGUGUAUUUUAUAUUUGAUUUAAAUUAUCUGAAAUAUAUAUUUUGCGCUUCUAAA